AAUAAGGAGGAACUAAGGGAGUCUUGUAUACCUCUGCUCCAUGAAGGGCGGGUUGGUGAUAGUGCCCUAAAGAUAAACGGGGUGGUGAGAAUUGGAUUCUUCUGCCUCUGUGAAACAACUGCCCUGCUCAGCUUAAUUAAAAAAAAAAAAAAAGCGCCAGGGAGAUGAUGGCAACCUGAGAUACUUCUUUCCUACCACUACUUUCUCCGUGAUAAGACUUGAGAAAUCGCUAGGAGGGGCCCCUCAGUGUCUCCUGGGAGUUCUGGUGGCCUUACGUCAGAGGGGUGAAGUUCUUGGGAUUGGGAAAGGUGAGAGAGACUGAGAAGAGAAGCAACUCUUCUGUUCCUCCUCCUCCUCCUCCCGCAUCUGCAGCCACUUCUCACUCCCACGACACACUCUCAGUUGGGAAGCCGCUGUUGUGGUCCCGGCUGGAGAUUCCGCUCGGGGUUGCCUCUCUUGCUGUCCCACUUUGCUUUUAUAUUCCGUGCCUCCCCUAGAGGCAGCAGUUUUUUCCUCCUCUGCCCUCAGAUCCUGCUUCCAAUGUCCACAGACCGGCCAGGACGCUCCUGGGCUGUAGCCAACUGCCUGAAAUUCCUGCUGAUCCUCUUGGUCCUGAAUUUUCCCUGUGAAGCCUGCAAUGAUGUAACUUUCUAUGUGCCUACUAAACUAGAAGCUAAUGAAAUUGUUGGCAGAGUUAAUCUGGAAGAUUGCUUGAAGUCUCCAAACCUUAUUCAUUCAAGUGAUACUGACUUUGGAAUUUUAGAAGAUGGUUCAUUAUAUCCAAGAAAUACAAUUUUAUUGUCUCCAGGGAAGAGGACUUUUAUCAUAUCUCUUGUGAAUACUCAGGAACAGAAACAGAAGGAUAUAAAUGUUACAUUGGAACAUCAAAAGAAGAAGCUGAACAAAAGAGAAUUUAAAGAAACAAUUCUCCGACGUGCCAAGAGGAGAUGGGCUCCUAUUCCAUGUUCAAUGCCAGAGAACUCUCUAGGCCCUUUCCCCUUGUUUCUUCAACAGAUCCAAUCUGAUUCAGCCCAGAAAUACACUAUUUACUACUCCAUCAGUGGGCCUGGAGUUGACCAGAAACCCCUCAAAUUAUUUUAUAUAGAGGAAGACACUGGGAAUUUAUUUUGUACUGGUCCUGUAGAUCGUGAGACGUAUGAGGCUUUUGAGUUAAAUGCCUAUGCAUCUACUCGAGAUGGAUAUUAUGCAGAUUCUCCUUUGACACUUACCAUCAAAAUUGAAGAUGAAAAUGACAACUACCCAAUGUUCACAGAAACAGUUUAUAAUUUUGAGGUUCUUGAAGGCUGUGGAGUUGGCACCACAGUGGGGAAGGUAUCUGCUACAGAUAGAGAUGAACCUGAUACCAUGCAUACUCGCCUGAAGUACUCUAUUAUGGAACAACAGCCACCAUCUCCUAAAUUAUUUUCAGUGCAUCCAGUUUCAGGUGUGAUCACUACAAUAUCACAUCAGCUGGACAGAGAGGUAGUAGACAAAUACAAGUUGAAAAUGAAAGUACAAGAUAUGGAUGGUCAAUUUUUUGGUUUGAUGAAUACAUCAACUUGUAUCAUUUCAAUAAAAGAUGUGAAUGACCAUGCUCCCACUUUCACAAAGCCUAUGUAUGAAACAUCAGUUGAAGAAAAUACAAUCAAGAGGAAUAUUUUGCGAAUAGCUGUAGAAGAUAAGGAUUUGCCUAACACUGCUAAUUGGAGAGCUAAUUAUACCAUUUUAAAAGGCAAUGGAAAUAAAAAUUUUCAGAUUGUGACAGACCCCCAAACCAAUGAAGGCAUUUUAUCUGUUAUUAAGCCACUGAACUAUGAGGAAAAUCACAAGGUGAUACUGGAAAUUGGUGCAACCAAUGAAGCCCCAUUCCUUAGAGAUAUACGGAGCAUGAACACAGCUAUGGUAACCAUAAAUGUAAUAGAUCAGGAUGAAGGCCCAGAUUGCAGCCCACCAGCACAAAGUGUUCGCAUCAAGGAAAAUGUAUCCAUUGGGACAAGAGCCAGUGGGUAUAAAGCACAGGACACAGAAACCAGAAGCAGCAAAGAUAUAAGGUAUAAGAAAUUAAAUGAUCCCAAAGGAUGGGUCACCAUUGAUGAAACUUCAGGGUCAAUAAUAACUUCCAAAAAAUUGGACAGAGAAGCAGAGGUCGUUAAAAAUGGUGUAUACAGCAUUACAGUGCUUGCAACAGACAAAGAUGGUAAAACAUGUACUGGUACCCUUGGAAUUAUCCUUGAAGAUGUGAAUGACAAUGCUCCAAUCAUCCUUGAAGAGAAUAUUGUACUUUGCAAACCAAAGAUGGGACAUACAACGGUCGUUGCUGUUGAUCCUGAUGAUCCCAUGAAUGGGCCUCCAUUUGAUUUCAAAUUAGGUUCUCCUGAAAUCCAGAAAAUGUGGACAAUCACCAGAUUGAAUGAUACAUCUGCACAUCUUUCAUACCAGAAUAAUGCUCAAUUUGGAAAAUAUUCCAUACCUAUCACUGUGAGUGAUAGACACGGAAUGUCUUCAACAAAGAUGUUGCAUGUUAAUCUCUGUGAUUGUAUUCAUCCAGAACAAUGUAAAUUUGAGAAAGCAGUGUAUCCAGACACAAGACUGGGCGCAUGGGCCAUCCUUGCAAUAUUGUUGGGUGUAGCAUUACUAUUUUGUGUCUUAUUCACCUUAGUCUGUGGAAUUUGGAGUCCCUCAAAAGUAAAAAAACCUUUUCCUGAUGAUAUGGCUCAGCAAAAUUUAAUUAUAUCAAACACAGAAGCUCCUGGAGAUGACAGAGUGUGUUCCACAAAUGGAUUUGCUACACAGAUGCUUAACGGUAAUGGCCAAGGUUUUUGUGGCACAUCGGGAUCAGGAAUUAAAAAUGGGGGACAGGAAUGCUUUGAAAUGAUGAAAGGAGGACAUCAGACCUUGGAAUCCUGUCGAGGAGGAGGCCAUCACACUCUGGAAUCCUGUCAAGGAGGGCAUCACACCCUGGAAUCCUGUCAAGGAGGACAUCACACCCUGGAUUCUUGCAGGAGUGGAGGACAUGUUGAAGUUGAUACCUGCAGAUAUACAUACUCUGAGUGGCACAAUUAUACUCAACCACGUCUUGGUGAAAAGUUGCAUCUCUGCAACCAGAAUGAAGACAACACCAAUGCUCAAGACUGUGUUCUUACAUAUAACUAUGAAGGAAGAGGCUCCACAGCUGGCUCUGUAGGAUGUUGCAGUGAGCGCCAUGAAGAAGAAGGGCUUGAAUUUUUAGAUCAUCUGGAACCCAAAUUUGCUACAUUAGCACAAACAUGCAUGAAGAGAUAAAUGUGUUGCCAAUAGUUCUACACUUUUUUUCCAGAUAGUUUGGAGGGCUCCAAAAAGGACAAAAAAAAAUAAAUUUGAUGACUAUCAUGAGGGUGAAUUUUUCUUCAUUUUGAAGGGAGGGUUUACUUACUCACCCUCACACAUUUUUUUCCCCUGCAAGUCUAUUUACCUCUUCCAAGAGGCCAACAUAUGGCAAAAUGAAAUAAAUUAUCUUGGGGGCAAAUAGACAAAUGACUGUUUCUAAGGCUCCAUUAUAAGGAUUAAAAGUUCUGUAUUCACUUGUAUACUUGUUCCUAUCUCCUUCCCUCAUCCUAAAAAGCAAAAAUAUUUUGCCAUUAAAACUUGGUUGAUGUGACAGCAUACCAAGUGAUUUCCAUGCCAACAGUCUUGUAGACUAUAAGAAUUUCAAACCAUUUCAAUAUAAUAAGACAAUACUUGGAACUUUUGUCGGGUGAUGUGCCUUGAUCAUAUAGAAUGAUGAGAGAGAGUGGAAAGAAAGGGGAGAGAGAGAAGGAGGGAAGAGGAGAGAAGAAGGAGGGAAGCAGAGGGGGAGAGAGACACUUUUAUACUCACUACCUUAAAACAAUAACAUUAAAAAAAAGUAGCUCUUAUUAAACUAACUGAACAUAAUACUGACUCUUGAGUCAGAGGACUUGGACUCAAAUUCUCCCUUUGAAGCUUACUAUUUGUAUGACUUUUGGUAAGUCUCUUAACCUUCCUCUGCCUCAGUUUCCUCAUCUGUAAAAUCAGGGGCCCAGCACCUUAUCUGUAAUCUUACAUUAAAUAUAUUGAACUACUUUAUUUUUCUUUAUUCUCUCUGUGAGUUAGAAGCCCUUACUCAUUUCUCUGAAUUGGUUGUUCCCUUCCAUUCGUUGGCAGAAAUAAGAAUGACCUUUCAGUACUAAAACUGCAGGAUGAACAACAUGAUUUUGUCUUUGAAGAGGUGAGAAGAAUGACUUGCUUCUGAUUGGAUAUUCUCUUUUCCAUAUGAAGAUUAGCUCUAAUAAUGUACAGCAUUGCAACAUGCUAAACUCUCUUUUACCACUUAUGAACAAUGAUGUAGACAGUAAGUUUUAAUAGUUGUUUGGUUUUCCACAACUCCCUUGAAACUUGCACAGUGACUAGUACAUUUUUAAAAGAGUUAUGAUUAUACGACUGAACUUAGUAAGCCACAAACAGCAAAGACUGAAUGCAUAUGAAGUAUUUUGCGUCAUAAUCAGAUCAAAAUAACAGUCAAUAUUUCAUGAUAUAAUUAUUAUUUUCACGUCAAUUAGUCAUAAUGAGCAAAGAAAGCAUAUUGAUUGCUUUUACAUGGCCAAAGCAAGCUUUUGAUAGUUCCCAGAAUAGUUGGGCUAUGAACAUUCCCUAAACAAGGAAGCAUGGAGGUCUAGCUACCUGUGUUCCCCUGAGUUUAUGCAUUAUGAGAUAUAUAAAUGAACCUCAGGACACCUUCUUUCUUGGCCUACAUAUCAUUUCUUUCUUUCUACACUUUCUUUCCCCUCUCUACUUCUACCUCCUUUCUACAUAAGAUGGACUUCUACAAAUGUUCCUUUAUCUUCUCCUGCUUCAAGAAGCAUUGAAAUUAGGGAUAGCUAGGUGGCGCAGUUGAUAGAGCACCAACCUUGGAGUCAGGAGGACCUGAGUUCAAAUCCUGCCUCGG